AUGAGGGCAUACUGCAACGCAGUACGCCGCCUCGAAGACAAGUUUGACGGCAUAGAACUCAACCACGUCCCGUGCAAGUACAACGAGGAUGCCGACGAGUUAGCCAGGAUCGUGUCAGGGCGGACUACUGUCCCCCCAAACAUCUUUGCUCGCGACAUCGCCAAGCCCUCCGUCGAUUUCAAGGAUCCGGUGGAACCGGGCCCCUCGAACGCCGAGCCCCCCGACGGGAACCCCUCAGCGGAUGAGGCCGAGCCCACGGGCACUGACUUCGAGACCUCCUCCAUGGAUGAGGCCGAAGCGAUGGAGAUCGACGAAUCCCAACCCCCAUGA